CACUUAAAAGCCCAUGGAGUCUCCCCAGCUGCUGAGCUCCCACUGCGUGUGCAGUGGCCCUCACCCCAUCCCGUGCGAGCCCUCGCUGCUACCCUCGAUGGUUACGUGAGCCGCCGUCAGAGCCUUUUGCCCAGUUCACCUGGGAAUGGGGAGGCCUGGAUGCUUCUCUCUGCUCUGCCCCUGUCUGGGUCACUACAGGUUCCUAGGAGUCGAGUUUGGACGGUAUGCAAAGUUGUGAAUCCAGUGGCGACAGUGCGGAUGACCCUCUCAGUCGUGGCCUACGGAGAAGGGGACAGCCUCGUGUGGUGGUGAUCGGUGCCGGCUUGGCUGGCCUGGCCGCAGCCAGAGCGCUUCUGGAGCAGGGCUUCACGGAUGUCACUGUGCUCGAGGCUACUAGCCACAUCGGAGGCCGUGUGCAGAGCGUGAAACUCGGACACGCCACCUUUGAUCUGGGAGCCACUUGGAUCCAUGGCUCCCACGGGAAUCCCAUCUAUCAUCUAGCAGAAGCCAAUGGCCUCCUGGAAGAGACAACUGAGGGCGAGCGCAGCGUGGGCCGCAUCAGCCUCUACUCCAAGAAUGGCGUGGCCUGCUACCUCACCAACCAUGGGCGCAGGAUCCCGAAGGACGUGGUUGAGGAAUUCAGCGAUUUAUACGACGAGGUCUAUAACUUGACCCAGGAGUUCUUCCGCCAUGAUAAACCAGUCGACGCUGAGAGUCAGAACAGCGUAGGGGUGUUCACCCGGGAGGAGGUGCGCAACCGCAUCAGGGGUGACCCCGACGACCUGGAGGCCACCAAGCGCCUGAAGCUCGCCAUGAUCCAGCAGUACCUGAAGGUGGAGAGCUGUGAGAGUAGCUCGCACAGCAUGGAUGAGGUGUCUCUGAGCGCUUUCGGGGAGUGGACCGAGAUCCCCGGCGCCCACCACAUCAUCCCCUCGGGCUUCAUGCGGGUCGUGGAGCUGCUGGCCGAGGCCAUCCCUGCCCAUGUCAUCCAGCUGGGGAAACCUGUCCGUUGUGUUCACUGGGACCAGGCCUCGGGCCGCCCCCGGGGCCCUGAGAUCGAGCCCCGGGGCAAGGGUGACCACAAUCACGACACUGGGGAGGGCGGCUGGGGAGGAGAGGAGCCCCGGGAGGACGGGCUGGAGGAGGACGAGCAGUGGCCGGUGGUGGUGGAGUGCGAGGACUGUGAGAUGAUCCCAGCGGACCAUGUGAUUGUGACGGUGUCGCUGGGCGUGCUCAAGAGGCAGUACGCCAGCUUCUUCCGGCCGAGCCUGCCCGCCGAGAAGGUGGCCGCCAUCCACCGCCUGGGCAUCAGCACCACUGACAAGAUCUUUCUUGAAUUCGAGGAGCCCUUCUGGGGCCCCGAGUGCAACAGCCUACAGUUUGUGUGGGAGGACGAGGCGGAGAGCUGCACCCUCACCUACCCGCCCGAGCUCUGGUACCGCAAGAUCUGCGGGUUCGAUGUCCUCUACCCGCCCGAGCGUUAUGGCCACAUGCUGUGUGGCUGGAUCUGUGGUGAGGAGGCCCUUGUCAUGGAGAGGUGUGACGAGGAGACAGUGUCUGAGGUCUGCACGGAGAUGCUGCGUCAGUUCACAGGGAACCCCAACAUUCCAAAACCUCGGCGAAUCUUGCGCUCGGCCUGGGGCAGCAACCCCCACUUCCGAGGCUCCUAUUCAUACACGCAGGUGGGUUCGAGUGGGGCAGAUGUGGAGAAGCUGGCCAAGCCCCUGCCGUACACAGAGAGCUCCAAGAUGGCGCAAGGAAGCUCCUCAAAGCAGCAGCGCGGUCACCUUUUACCUUCCAAGUGCCCAGAACAGUCCCUGGAACCUAAUAGGGGCUCCGUAAAGCCUAUGCAGGUGCUGUUCUCAGGUGAGGCCACCCACCGUAAAUACUACUCCACCACCCACGGUGCUCUGCUGUCCGGCCAGCGGGAGGCGGCCCGCCUCAUUGAGAUGUACCAAGACCUCUUCCAGCAGGGGACCUGAGGGCUGCCUUCAAGAACCACUAACUUGUGAUGGCCCGCCCUUGCCCCAUGCUGCUGUGUACUCCUGAUUUCCUAACCUUCUGUAAAAUGGAUUUUAAUCUUUUGUAGCGAUAGACUCCCUGACUGGCUUCAGACCUGGCCCUGUAGCUUUUCCUUCUCUCCGUGCCGGGUCGUAACCAGGAUGGGGCCUGCUGAUUGACCUCUGUGCUUUGACCCUUGACCUCCCCAAACCUCCCCACCCCCUCCCACCUUGUCAGUGUAAGUGCCUUCAAUACUUUGCAUUUUGGGAUAAUAAAAAGAGGCUUGCCCUUCCCGUGCUCCUCA